AGCAAGUCCGUCGCCCAGGCCCCCAUCCUCGGGGAUGAAAGGAACAUUGCAGAACGUACCACCGUCAAACGUGAACUGCACGCACGCAUUAAUCUUGGUGUCAGCAUCAUGAUUGCAACCGUCGCACGUCGCAGCCUUUUGGCGUCCAGAACCACGGCGGUCCGCGCCGCCACCCUCCCCGUCGCUCGCGCCGCAGCAGCCUCGACAUGGGCCAGCGUCAAGGCCGGCCCGCCCGAUCCAAUCCUCGGUGUGACAGAGGCAUUCAAGGCGGAUAAGGACCCGCGCAAGAUCAACCUUGGCGUCGGUGCUUACCGUGAUGAGAACGGCAAGCCGUAUGUCCUGCCUUCCGUUCGCGAGGCCGAGCAGCGCGUCAUCGCCUCCAAGAGCGACAAGGAGUACGGCCCAAUUACCGGUCUGGCCGACUUUACCAAAAACGCCGCCAAGCUCGCGUACGGCGCUGACAGCAAGCCGAUUGCAGAGAACCGCGUGGCGAUCACGCAGUCCAUCUCGGGCACCGGCGCACUGCGCAUCGGCGGUGCCUUCCUCGCUCGGCACUACCCAUACUCCAAGACGAUCUACCUGCCCACGCCUUCGUGGGGCAACCACACACCGACCUUCAAGGACUCGGGGCUGGAGGUGAAGCAGUACCGCUACUACAACAAGGACACUGUCGGGCUCGACUUUAACGGCCUCAUCGCUGACAUCAAGGCCGCGCCGAACAAGUCCAUCAUCCUCCUCCACGCCUGUGCCCACAACCCCACCGGCGUCGACCCGACGCAGGAGCAGUGGAAGCACAUCUCACAGGUCGUCAAGGAGAAGGAGCACUUUCCAUUCUUUGACAUGGCCUACCAAGGCUUUGCCAGCGGUGACACCGACCGCGACGCGUUCGCCGUCCGCCACUUUGUCAGCGAGGGCCACGAGAUCGCCCUGUCCCAGUCCUUUGCCAAGAACAUGGGACUGUACGGCGAGCGCGUCGGCGCCUUCUCGCUCGUCACCGCCGACGCGGACGAGCGCGCACGUGUCGACUCGCAGCUCAAGAUCAUCGUGCGGCCCAUGUACUCCAACCCGCCGAUUCACGGCGCGCGCAUCGCCGGCACGAUCCUCGCCGACGCGCAGCUUUACCAGCAGUGGCUCGCAGAGGUCAAGGACAUGGCGGAUCGCAUCAACGGCAUGCGUGCGCAGCUUAAGAGCCUCCUCGUCGACGAGAACGGCAGCAAGCUCAACUGGGACCACAUCACCAACCAGAUCGGCAUGUUCGCUUUCCUCGGCAUCUCCCCCGAACAGGUCGCCAAGCUCGUCAACGAGCAUCACGUCUACCUCACCAAGGACGGUCGCAUCAGCGUCGCCGGCAUCACACCGCACAACAUCAAGCAUCUCGCCAAGUCCCUCCACGCCGUCACGAGCGCAUGAACAGCCCUCCUUCGUGUGCCGGACGCGAAGAGUUUCAAGAGGGAAAAGGUCGUGGACAUAGUCGAAUAGAGUGAAGAUGUCAUUGUGUAGCGUCACAAGGGUAAUCAUUCUAUAAAAGU